GUUGAGUUGUUACAAAUCUCAGCACUUUCGGUCUUUGUCUAAUGUUAGUAGCCAGAAAAAGACAGAUAUACUUGGAUAUUUUCUUCAUAGAGAAAUGUUUAAAAAUUUAAUUCAAACAAAUCACUGACAAGUUAUCAGCUGAUUGGUUGAUUACUGAUUAUUUUGCACCUAAAAACCGUUUUGCAAUAAAAGUUCAAUAAAUAAACGAAUAUGAAUAGAACAAUGUAAUCCAGGACGGUUUAAUUUACUAAUACAACAUUUCAGAAAUGUUUGAAUGCUAAUAUUUGAGAUUAUUGUACUUCUUAACCCUCAAAUUGAAAUGAGAGGCAGAGCCAUUCCUAAGCUUUUCUUCCUGUUUUGCCUUUUAGUGUUUUUGGUUAUCCUAUUCCUUACCAUGCUAAAUGUAGAAGAAGCCGAAGUACCCGGUUGGGAAUUCAACGUAAGCCGAAAUUUAAACCAUUACAUCCAUAGGGAGGCAUUAACUGCAACGAUGAUGCCUCAGAAUUUCUGUGAUAACCCAUCCCUGUUAGUGAUUAUGUGCAUUUCUAGCCCUUCUGGCUUUGAAGCUAGAAGGGCUAUUCGGAAAACAUGGGGCCUAGAGAAAAGUAUAAUGGGACACAAUGUGUCCAUAUAUUUUUUGCUAGGACAAACGACUGAUAUAGAUGUACAGAGUAAAAUUAAAAAUGAAUCUUUAGAAUACAAAGAUAUUGUCCAAGAAGAUUUUUAUGAUACAUACAAUAAUUUAAGCGUAAAGUCUGCUAUGAUGCUGAAUCUGUUUACGCUCAAGUGUCAAAGUAAGGCUAGUUACCUACUUAAAAUAGAUGACGAUAUUUAUUUGAAUUUGCCUAAGCUAGUAGAUGAUUUAGUGACUAGAAAUCGAACUGAAAAUUUGCUCAUGGGCUCUGUUAUUUGCGGAUCUAAACCUAUUAGAUCUUCUUCCGAUAAAUGGUAUGCAGGUCCCAGUUAUUUAUUUCCAUACAAUAUUUACCCAAGCUACAUGUCUGGAACAAGCUAUUGCAUGUCUAGAGAUGUAGCCAAAAAACUAUUACACACUGCCUUGGAUACGCCAAUUUUUCAUCUCGAAGAUGUUUACUUAACGGGUAUUUGUGCAAAGAAAAUGGGCCUCACUCUGACGCACAACGGCAGAUUCACAUAUCACCCUCUGAAGCCCAAUUUAUGUCUUUACAAGCCUCUGAUAACGAUUCACUAUCAGAAACCUGAGGAUAUUGAAAAAAUUUACAGAUCUGCUAGAGAUUCUGAGGUUGAAAAAGAGUGUCAGAAGCGGGAAGAAGUUUUUAUAGUUCACAAAUGGCUGAUGGAUAAUGUUUUGAUGGUUAAUAAGACUAGGAGGAAGAAGAGGUGUCCUUAGUUUUUUUCCAGAUAAGUUCCAAUUAGGUUGUGUAUUCAAUGCAAAAUUAACACACACUUUACACUAUUGGACAAAAGUAAAACAAUGAUAAUAUCAAAUAUUGAAUUUUCAAAAAGAAAAUGCAUAAGAGAUGAUUAAAAACCUUUCAGUUUAAAAGGUCAUAAGACAAUUAUUAUGAGAAAAAUUAACUUUCAAGUGGAUAGGAUCUCCACUGUUGGCUAUGACUUUCUCGCAACAGCGCAGCAUUGAUUUAAUCGAGGAAUUAAUCAUGUAAUUUGUCCAAUAGCAGGCUUUUUCAGCAUUCUUUAAAAUGUGUUUCCCCCAUUUCAGGUUUAAAGUUAUCAUGACUUCUAGAUCAUUUUGAUUUAUCAGAGAUUGUAAUGUCACAUUGUUUAGUUCAAAUUUUUCAUUUGGAUUGUUUGGACCGAUUCUUAAGACUGUACAGGGUGUUUCAAAUUCGAGCCACAUCAUUGGGAUCUCGGAAACGGUAAGAUAUACAGGGUUGGUUAAAUUGGGGCAAAGUUGCGUAAUUUGAUGCUUAACAAAAUGCCGCUUUGAUAUUUAGGAUAUUCCGAAUACUUCCGAAGAUAUUCGGAAAAAACCGAAAUUUUGCAAAAUUGUUUUUAUUUUUUCCUGACUUUAUUUGAAGUGAUAUUCCCAAAAAAAUAUCACUUCAUUGUAGCCACUUUUUCUUUCCUACAAGAUGCUACUAUCAAAUUUAAGAUCUGACGUUUCGUCUUUGAACCACCAUCAUCAACUCUAUUUUUUUUAAAUACGACCCUAGAUUUUUUAUUUCAGAUUUUUAGUGCUUCUGAUGUCCCAAAACCUAUAAAGUAUCGCAUUUAUUCGAAAAAAUAUGUUUUCUACUUUUUAGUAAUUUCCUACCAAAAUUCUCUUCUCUGUCUUUCUCUAACACAUUUGGUUCUUAUGGAAACUACCAAUAAUAUAAAUUUUUUGGAUAAGUGCAAUACGUCAUUAGUUUUAGGAUAUCAGAAGCUUGUGAAAUCUGAAAUAAAAAAUAAGGGUCCGUAUUUAAAAAAAUUAAGUUGAUGAUGGUGGCCCAAAGACGAAACGUCAGAUUUCAAAUUUGAUGGUAGCAUCUUAUAGGGAAGAAAAGGUGGCAAUGAUGAAAUGACAUUUAUUUUGGAAUAUCACUUCAAAUAAAGUCAGGAAAUAAUAAAAACAAUUUUGCAAAAUUUCGGUUUUUUCCGGAUAUCUCCGGAAGUUUUCAGAAUAUCCUGAAUAUAAAAGCGGCAUUUUGUUAAGCAUCAAAUUACGCAACUUUGCCCCAAUUUAACCAAUCCUGUAUAUCUUACCGUUUCCGAGAUCCCAAUGAUGUGGCUCGAAUCUGAAACAUCCUGUACAGGGUGGCCCAUUUUCGAUGUUUUAAUAGGCUAUAUCGAAAACCAGCAGAGAUAUCAAAAAUCUGGGAGCACAUUCUCGAGCUCUUUUUUUGAGAAAAUAACAAUGGCGAAGACAAAUCACGGCUAACUUGAUACGUUUAGAAAAUACAGGGCACUUUCCACAUUUUGUCCAAUUUUAAAAGACUCUCUAGUUUCCUUAUUAUUCAAUAUAUCCAAAAACGAAAAAUACUUUCUAUAGGCAGUUUUUCAAGGAGAAUCCAGUGGCAUGACCAAUUUUUCUCCAGAUACCUCCGAUUUUGAAUUAUUGACCAAAGUUGUGUUUUUUUAAAUGGGACACCUCGUAUAUUAUUUUUUCAUUAAAUAGCUCUUUGUGAGCUGAUUUCGAUGAUAUAAGGUUUUAUAAGUAUAAGUAUUUUUCGUUUUUGGAUAUCUUGAAUAAAAAGGAAAUUAGAGAGUCUUUUAAAAUUGGACAAAAUUUGGAAAAUGCCCUGUAUUUCCUAAACGCAUCAAGUUAGCCGUAAUUUAUCUUUGCCAUUGUUAUUUUCUCAAAAAAAGAGUUUGAGAAUGUGCUCCCAGAUUUUUCAUAUCUCUGCUAGUUUUCGAUAUAGCUUAUUAAAACAUCGAAAAUGGGCCACCCUGUACAUUUGCGCGAUCAUUUUCAAUGUUUGACUUGUCUCCAUUUUUAAAGUCUGGAGUAACAUAGGAUUUUUUCCAGGCUGCUGUAGACAAUGACAUAUUGAAAAUAUCACAAAAUUUGAGACAGAAUAAACCUGCAGUCUUCUAGGAAAACAACAGGCAUGCCAUCUGGCCCAACACCAAGACUCUGCUCUAAUUUGCAAAUUCUGUCAUUCUGACCAUUGAACAUGUCAACUAUAUCCUGUGGAUUAUCCCUCUCCCUCCCAUUGAGAUUCAUGCACUGAGGAUAUUCAGAGUUCCCUUUUCUUGAAUUUACAUAUUUCCAGAAACUCUUUUUGUCUUUGAGCUGACUUUCUAAGCUUGUUAUGUAUUCUUUAUGGGAAAUUGUUUACACUGUGAUCUUAGUUCAGAGAAUUUAAAAGCUUCAUGGGCUUUCUUUUUUUCCAUAAUUAAGUUCUUGACUUCGUUAUUCAUCCACUUAGAAAAUUUUGGUGAAUUAUAACGAGCUGUAGGCACAAAUAAGUCAAUUAUGUCGAACAAUGUUUUAUAAAAACUUCCAACUAUAAUAUCUAGGUACAUCAUCGGUACAAUCAGAUAUAAAACUCCAAUCUACAUAUGACAAGUAUAAAUUAAUUUGCCUAAAGUCUGCUCUCUUAAAAUUAUAGUAAAAAUAGUCAGAGGGAAAGCUAUCCUGAAAAUUAUUAUUGAGAGAAAAAUGGCAACCAAAUGCCUUCCUUGCUUUAUUUUUGUCACACUAAUAAGUUUAUUGUUCAAAUAAUUUAUUGCAUACAAGUUUGUUUGUGUGUACACCGACUGCCAAAUUCCACAAUAUUUGAGGAAAUUUGCUAAGAUUGCUUAUGAUUGUGUGAUGAUUCCGAAAGAUGGUGAUAGAUCAUGUAACGAUUGUGAGAUAUUGUAUAUAACAAUUGUGAGAGAUUUUGUAACUGAUUGAAGUGUGAUUGUGUAAGGAUUUUUUCAAGAACCCUUUUCAAACUGAGUGUAUUUUUAAUAGUUGAAUAUUUUAUUUUAUAAUAAGACUCGCCCUACUUUUGUCCGAUAGUGUAUGUGUUAAGUUUUAAAAAAUUUUUUUAUUAUAUUUUUCUACUUAUUUUAAAUCGUGAUAUAAUUAUUAAUUAGUAAUUUUCCAACUUUGUUCAAUAUAAUACAAAAUAGUUCAAGUUGAAAUGACUGGAACAUUAGAAAAACACUUUCUUUUUACAGCAGUUUUGGCCUCAAAACAAAAUUCUCACAAAAAAAAAUUAAAAUAAUAAUAAUAAUAGGUACCAAAAAUAGUAAUAUUGGUAAGAUUGUUCUUGUAGUUUAAUUUUAUGCAUAAAUCAAAAAUUAAAAUAAUUACGCUUAUAGUGAAAUUGUUUAUUUAUUAGUUAGAUAGUUUUGUUUAUAAGCACAACAAAUUAUAUUUACAAUAGGAAAUGGUAGCUAGGAGAGCUUUAAAACAAAUUAGUAUAAUUAAAUAAAUUUUAGCAUAAUAUUAUUAGGAAUUUUAUUAUUGUCUUUGUGCAGCCAACAGUUUGGGAUGGUUGAAUUUUCAAGUUUCAAGUACGAUUUAAUGCAAAAUUUUUAGCCACAUACAAUUAGUUUUUAAGAUUUUAUGUGUUCAUAGUCUUUGUUUCUACUAGCCCUAGUGAUAUGUUGCUACAAAUGGUGUGUCAAAUCUUAAUUCUCGAUGCUAGAAAGUUGACACUUGAACUUGAAAAAAAGUGAUAUCAUUGUAUAAAAAAAGAAAAAAAUUAAAAUUUUAUAUACAAUGGUGAUAUGUAAAGAAGUCGGAUACACUAUAAAACUAUUAUUAUUGUUUUGUUGCAAUUUAUUCUCCAAGCGCACCAAUUAAUUAUUUGCUCAAAAAUAUAGUGGACCCGACUUUAUAAUAAAGUGUAAGAUAUACGGGAGUGCCUUAAAAUGUCUAUUUUCCAUGGUGAGGAAGGUGAAUUAGUAUUUAAUGUGACAAAAAAAAACGCACUUAUGAAAUAAGUAAACGAAAAAUUUGCACUGAUUUAUAUUGUUUUAAUGGCUUAUAGUGAAAUGUGGACAAUGUUGUCAGUUUUUGUUUAAAUAAUUACAGUUGAAAAUCAUGUUUCUAAAGUCUGUUUUUUUUUUUUAAAGAUAAAAGUUAAAAUGACAUUAUGUUGGCAAUACAAUGUAAAAUUGUCAAUGCUUUCAAAAUUUUAUGUACAAAAGGCUUGUGUUGCCAACAUAGUUACUAAAUUUUUGACUUGGUGAAUUAUCUUUGAAAAAAAAACAUACUUUACUCUUGAAACAUAUCAAUUUGUUUUACAAAAACUAAGUAUGUACUUUGAAAUUCAGAUAAAUAUUUUGAAGGCAUCAAUGUUAACCUUUGACUAGCUUCAGACAAAUUCCUUUUCUUUAGUUGUAAUCCUAAAACUGACAACAUUGAAAAGUACAUUAGUGUAGGUUUAUUAAUAAAUUGUGAAGUUUUUUUAUAAAUAGAAAAUUCUAUGCUCAUUUGUUAUUAUUAUUUAAACCCAUUUUUCAAGACUUACAAAACAUUAAAUUUAAUUUUAACAUUUUUUAAAGUCUAGAAAAGCAAACACGACAAUUUCGCAAAAAUUCAAUUCCUUCCACAAACAGUGGCACCACUGUCCAGGCAAUACUCAUAUAAUGGAAUCGAGAUGAUUGAUUAUCAAUUUUUCAAGAAGUACCACGGGGUUGUCGGUCAACUGCAACAUAAACACCACUCACAAAUAAACAUUAAAAAUUUUAUCAAAAAAGAUUGUGUAUUAAACAAGACAAAAGUGACAAUUCUCAAAAUACAAAAACAUAAAUAAACCAAACAUUCUUAAGUAAAAAUAAGUAGUAUCCUAAAACUAGUGAUGAUGUCCAGGACAACAAUGUCCAUUGGAGUGACUAUGACUAUGUCCGUGACUGUGGCCGUUGUGCGCAUGUGGGUGACUUCUAGUUGGCAAAGUGGCCGCUAGUCUCUUGUUGAUUUUGCUUAAAAUUUCAUAUGGGAAGCAUUCUUCUUCAUCAUCUACUGGAGAAGAUUCGUCCAAUUCAUACCUACAAGGAUUUAAUACAAUAUUGGAAUAAUGAUUUGUAAAACAAUCUUACCCAAUGGCUUUAAAGAAUUUUGAGCUUGAAUUGUUCUUAAGUACGGUGAGAAUGACUUUUUUCAUGUUGUUUUUAAAUGCCAUUAGUUCUAAUAUUUGCAUCAUGAACUUGCCUAAGUUUUUUCUUUGGACAUGGAUAUCU